AUGAAUCGAAAUAUCGAGACUGUAAAUGAAGAAGGAUCUUUUGUGGUUGAUCUUCUGCGAAAGCCCUUUAAACUCCCGUCACGGUACGAUGAUCUCCCGUGGGAAUCAAUCGAGGAGUCAAAACUGACUGAAACAGAUAUAUUGGAUCGAAAACAUGUUUUUCCGCUGCUCAAAGUAAUGCCGAUACGUCUCUUCACAACUGACAUUGAACGAAGUGAAAUGUUCGAAUCUUUGAAACAAUACUGUCAAACGGAGCGAUACAACAAAUUUGGUGCUGAUUGGCCAAACGAACUUGCAGAUUCGAUGGGGCUCGAUUCUUUGCUUGAUUGGGAUUUUGAUAUGGAACAAAUUGAUGAUACUGCAAGUAUUCCAGAAUAUAGCCCAAACCACUUAUUAAUACUAACAGAACGAACCAUUCAUGUACUAGGAUCCGAUGCUAAAUUUUUAGCGCCAAACAGAAUAGUAGAUGCGUUAGUAAUACCUAACCAGAAGUGUUCUGAUAAAAAUGAUACGUGCAUUCUAUGCCUUGCCUCUGGAGAGAUAUACUCCAUGGAUUUCCACUACCACCAGACAGCUGAAAAGUAUGAUAUCGAGUUGGUAUGUUCAUAUAAACUUGAUAACGUACCCCCAAAGUUUACUGCUAAACUCACUUACUCCAGUACCAAUGAUCUUAUAGGAUUUGUAACGUCAAUGCAUCUCAUGUGCGUGUUAUCAUUGCAUAAGCGCGAGAGGGCUUUUUUCAAGUUAGACUUCAACGUUCUGUUACAACUAGGUUGCGAUAUUGACACUAUAACAUGGCAAUCCGGGAAAUUACUUUACAUUGAUUACUUCAAAAAGAACCAUGUAAGGGUAGUAGAGCAAGAUGUGCAGGGGUAUGGGUUUUUUGAGUGUAACUUUAUUAUCAAUGAUGUGAAAGAUGAAGAUAAAAUACUAUUACUAGAUAGAGACAACGUUUUACUCGUCGAAGGUUCAAUGAAAAAAGCUAAUAUAGUUUCGGCAGGGACAGAGAAAAUUGACGUUGGUUCUUUAGAUCUCGUGUUUGCUUCUUCAGCUGACAUUAUCGAUUAUAGCCUGUUUAAGGUGAUCGAGGAGCCUUUUAAAAGUGUCAAUUUCUUAAUCCUCAACAAUUGGGUCAUAUUAUUAAGCUUAGUAACAGAUUCCAACAAGGUGCUUGUAUCUGAGCUUACAAGACUUGCAAUACCUAUUGAUGGCUUGAUACUAGAACGGGUGGUGGGAUAUAACGAAAUAGCCAUACUCGUUUUGUCUAGGGGAGAAGUAAUACGCUAUACCGUUGACUUAAAUGAUAUCACUUUUCAAGAUACAGGUAUAAACAAAUUGGCGAUAAAACCUACUGUGAUGUUAUUGAACAAUAUACUAGAUGAACAAUGGGUAUUUGAAGGAUACGAAAAGAUAGACCAUAUUUAUAAAUAUGAACAUUCAACUCUACUUCAUUCAAAAAAUAAGUUGUAUGACAUCCCCGCUAAAUCAGCAGAUAUUCAAAUAACAUUUGAUCUUAUCACAUUCAUGUCCGAAUUCAAAGUGUUCCACGAUGUCAGAGUUAUUGAUUUAAAAUGUGCGGUUUCUGGUAGUUUUCAAUUUGGAUCCAUCUCAAUUAGAAGUGAUGAUCCCGAGGUUCAACAGUAUGUGUUAAUCGGAAUCUCAUCGAUUUGCGCACCUGAAUCAUACUAUCUGGAGAUUGUUAAAGGUGAGCAGAUAAAAUUUCAGCUGAUAGACGACUUACUACCUGAAACUGAGGACACAUUCAUUGAAUUUUUUACAGUCAGAGGAACUUUCUUGUCAAUAACUGCAAAUAAUUUGUACAUCAACGAUUUAGAGGAUAUCAAGCAGCUCCCACUUCCGUUUUCGAUAAAAGGUGCCAAAUCAAUCUGCAUUCCAAAGGAUAUCUUUAGCAUUCUAAUAUGGAAUGAGGAUGAAAUUAGCAUAACGGACUGGAAAAGCGGAACAACUACCAGCAUAAACAUACCAGAAGGAUUUGAAAAGCUGCAUGAUAUUAUAGAGAUAAAUGGGGAACAUGUGCUGCGAUUUGAUCAAAGCAUAGCAAGUAUAGAUCUUGAAAAGCUCGAAGUUUUAGGCAGCGACUUCAGAAAUAGUUUGAAUUGUGAAGGAGUAUUAAACGAAGUGUGGCUAAAAAAUUGCAGUUCAAAAACGGCAUCACUGACAUCCGUUAGAAGUUUAGUCGAGGGAAGGCUCGAAAUCCUGUCUACUGAUGGGAAUCGUACGUUUGUAGAUGCUGGAACACAAAUGUGUUUAGAGCCAUUCGUGUACCCAUGGGUAAUAGCCUACAGCACUUCAGAAAUAAAAAUUGUAAACGUUCAAGAUGGACAUGUAUGCGCAGUAUUCGAAUCAGAUUCACUCAUACUCAAUGUGUACUGUGGUGACAGAAAAGGGAGAAACAUAUUUGUACUAUACGAAGAUGGAAUGUCAGUAAAUGAAUUAUUGAUUGACGUUACUCGGGGGAAACUCAUCGAAUUGAUAGGUACAGACUCGCUAAACUGGAAUGAAUACAAGUGGCCACUACAAGUGGCUGGCGGGUCAAGAAUUAUCCUAAAUGACAAUGCCUUUAAGUUUUUAAAAAUUGACACUAAUGGAAAGACAUUUGUCAAACAAGGCCCAAGAAAAGUACCUGGAAGCAUAAUUACAUAUGGGAUGCUUGAUGAUAGCAAUAAACAUAUGUGCAUAUUCAGUUAUGACACAAUAACGCACACCCUGUGGUGCAAUAUCUUUACGAUACAGAAUUCCGAGCUGACACAUUUAUCAGAAAUAACAGUUUCCAAGGAUCUAAACAUCAUAGGCGCCCCACAGGGUUCAAGUAACACGUCGAUCCAUGGCCAGUUCUACGCUGUGACAACUGAGAACAACCAUAUUUACGUAUGGAGAGUCAGAUCUGACGGUAACAGUAACUGGAAUGUAACGCUAUGGCAGACCAUAAACCCGGGUAACAAACCAGAAACUGAAUUCAACGAUGACACCUUCUAUUUCACACAGAACUAUAUGCUACAAUUACCCCAGAAUACUGAUAAGACGCCUGCCACCAUACAUUGUACAAUACCUAGCAGUUAUCGCCAGUUAUUUCGGGACCCCUAA